CCGAACUUUUCACCUAAAGACAAAAUUACUUGUUUUAUUUUUUCACUAAUUAAUCGCUUAAUCGACAAACGAAAGUGCUGACUCCUGCUUCCGUUGGUGCGGAAUACAAAAAUGUCUGCCAUGUGGAAACGAGCGGUGGUUGUUGCUGUGCGGAAUGCGUUUCACACCAUUUUAUUAUUUGGCUUAUUUUCACCAGUUCUUGGAUACAAAUAUUUUUCAACAAAAACUCCCUAUGCAUGGGGUCGCUCGGUGCACGACAAAGACCUGGAAGAUCAGUGGUUUAACGACAAUUCAGGAGAGUUAUUGUGUUCUGCUAUUCAUACAAGUGUGGUUGCAAGACAUGGAACACGUUAUCCAGGGCAAGACGAUGUGAAGAAAUUGACCGAAAUUCACAGAAAAAUAUUGAAUGAUGAAGUGAAGACACGUUAUCCCGACCUGUACGCAUGGAGGAAUCCGUUUCCUGAUAAUAAUAACAAAGCUUUAGCUAGUCUUGGAGAAGAAGAACUCGAAAGCUACGGAAAGAGGACUGCCCAACGUCUCUUUUCUUUGUUUGCUGAAGAAGAUAUUGAUAGCUUUCGGUACAUAACGUCGAGUACUGACAGGACGAGAGAAAGUUCGCGUGCGUUUUUCGAAGGAUUAACGAGUGUACUCGAAGAGAACGCACAGACAGAAGAGGAUGAAUAUGAACCAGAAGUUACAGACAAAUUGUUGCGGUUUCACACACAGUGUGACAACUAUGUCAAGUCGGUGGGAAAUAAUAAAACUGCAAUGAAGGAAUACUAUAAAUUCCUUGAAGGAAAAUAUAUUGCAACGACAAAAAGAAAAAUUUCAGAAAAGUUAGGUAUUACAGAAGAUACUCUUUCUCCAGGGGAUAUUCGAACUCUCUACCUUGGCUGUGGUUACGAAAGUGCAAUAUUUGAAACCUCCCCCUGGUGUCAGCUGCUUGAUGAAGAAGAUAUGAUUGUUCAAGAAUACCUUGGUGACUUAAAGCACUACUACAAGAAUGGAGCUGGGCAUGACAUCACAUGGAAGCAGGCAUGUCCAUUAGUUUCUGACAUUUUCUACACCAUGGACGAUGCUAUUGAAUCUUUGGAGACGAUGGAUGGUGCAGAUGAUGAGCAGGGUUACAUCAUUGGGCAGUUUGCAUUUGGUCAUGCUGAAACACUGGGUCCAUUGUACACUGCACUGGGUCUCUUUAACGACUCCACUCCUCUGCGUGCUGACAAUUUCAAGGAACAUGAAGAUCGUUUAUUCCGCUCGAGCUUGAUUUUGCCCUUUGGUGCUAAUUUACAACUGAUUCUCUAUGAAUGUGAACCUCAGGACCUCAAGGCAAACGAGGAUGAUGAUGCUGAGCACCACCCUGAGUACUUUGUUAAACUUCUGGUAAAUGAGGAGCCACAGCUACUCCCAGGCUGUGAUGAAUUUCUCUGUCCAUACAGCAUCAUUCGUGACAAGUACAAGGCUCAGGUAGAAAACUGCAACUUUAGUCAAAUAUGCAAGUGGCAUCCCAAAGAUGAAUUAUGAUGCUUACAAUGUGAAAGUUUUCAUGGACUUUUUGAGAAAGCGCUUUGUUAAACUGAAUCAUUGAACACUUGACCUCGUUAGUUAAAAUUCAUUUCACCAUUGAAAUUCUGAAUGCACAGUUUGCAUGUUUCAUUGCCAGCUCCCAUAUUUCAGUGUUAAAAUUCAUUAAAAGUUAUUCAUGGAAUUUGCCAUCAUACAUGUUUCAUUAGAUGUUAUAUUUACGAAUUUAGUAUUUAAGAUCUUCCGCGGUUGCCUUGAUUUUCAGAUGUUUAUGCCUUGAACAAGUUCUCUUAUGAACAUUGGGUGUUUACUCAGGUGACUUUUAAAGCCAUAGAUAUUUUCUAUCCCAGCUUUGACUGGUGUCGAGGCAUGAAACUCAUCGCUUUGACUGUUAAAGCAAUAUUUAGACCAAAUAGUUUGAUAACUGAUCAGAGGGUGAUUAGGAGAGUAAUUAGUUUGCCACUUUUACUUCUUCAGUGUCUUGCAAGGCAUACGAUUUUACAUGGAAUUCUAGCAUCAGUGGACUUUGAUUAGUGAAAGCGGAAAAUGGAAAUCACAUAAUUAAAGUCAUUCUCUUCUGUAAGCAUCAGAUAGUGCUAAUUCUGGAGAAGAGGGACCUAAGAUGUGUAAUGUAUAAUAUAUAUGAGCAACUAUGUCUCUGUAACCAAUGUGGAAACAACACUGAAUACAGUGUGUCAAACAGGUGCAGUGAGCUGAGUGAGGUUAGAGAUGCAGUGAGUGUAGUAGAAGUCAAGCACAUUUCUCAUGUUUGAUAUUUUCUUGUGUCAAAGCUGUCUGUUGAACAAGCUGAAGAACAUCCCAAAGAACACUCAGUUUGGAACUGGAAAAAGUAUUACAAGAACUUAUUUACUUUCAUUAAUUUUUUUAAGGUUUUAAUUUAUUUUGAAAUGUGUAGUCAGUUUUCAAUCGAGUUAUGUCAACGGUACAUGAGUUUUUCUCUUUCCACUGGUGCACAUGUAGUUAUCUGAUUCACACCAGCCUUUUUUUUGUCAGGAUUACACCUAUGUUGUUGCAAGCUACAGAAAUCUGUAAGGGCUUUUACAAGAAACUAGUAAAUAUGCUCUAACAUUUUUAUGACAAAGGUUUUAAUGGUUAUUUAAACUUGGUUUUUAGCGUGAAUGGAACAGGUUUGCUAAGUAACAUUUCCAGUUCUCUGCAAGUUGUAAACAUUUGCUUUAACUGAGGAAACAUUUCCAUAAAAGAUAAGAGAUAAAUAUAUUUGUAUUAAAGGUUUCCAUAUUGUUCGCCUCUAAUGUCACAAGUAUGUUAUUCAAGGAUGUUUUUUACUGUAAAAUUUGUACGUAUUGUUUCGUUUUGAGAAUUAAAGCGACAAUACUCAAA